GCGGUUCAGGAAGAUACUACGCUCUGCGGGACCUUGCCGUGCAAGUGACGUGCCGUAAUCAGUCCUGACUUCAGAUCAUUUUCAAGGAAACAAGGAGAUUCGAGCGGAAAUCACAGGAUUACUCUUUCAGGGGCUCCCGGUCGGACUCCGCUCAGACAAGGUGCAGAAAUGUGGAAACGCAGACGGCAAGGAGUGUGGAAUUGAGAAACUGGAAAAAAAGAUGCCAAAGAUGAAACAAUAAAGCCGCUAGAUUUGGGGCCUGUGCAGACUUUCUGCAGAAGCAGUCGGGUGCACAAGCCAACCGGGCCAAAAUGACCAUGAAAGGCCUGUCCAACAGUCGCAGUCACCACACAGUGACCUGCGACCCAUCUUAUGACUCCAUGACUCUGGGGCACGCCGACCGUCGGUCCUACUUCCUCAACCAAGGGGAAGCUCAUCCCACUGAAAACCCCUGCUACACACAGCGGAACGCCUUCCAGACUGAGUGCAGUGCCUAUCCUGACCUGACCAGCUGCACUUUCCCUCGCAGACAUUACAGCUCCCAGCAUGAGCUAAAGGAAGAGUGCAGCGCCAUGGUGCCUUACACAGGGCCUACAGGGAGCUGUAAGGGAAGCGGAGGGAACACCAACCGCAUACCGUCAAACUUGCUCGAGCAAUUUGAGACCCAAGCUCCAUUGAGACGUGAAGGCUACCACACUCUGCAAUACAAGCAUACAGCAUUGGAGCACCAACGCAGUGACAGCCCUGGUCGAAUUCGCCACCUUGUACAUUCUGUGCAGAAGCUUUUCACCAAGUCCCACUCUCUGGAGGGGCCUUCAGGCUCUGGAGGAGGUGGGAGUGGGAAGAUAAAUGGCACCAAAUCCAGCCCAGAUGAUCCUCCCUCAUGCUCUGGGACCCUCAAGCACAGCAAGCGUAGUAAGAGCAAAGACCGCUCCAAGUCAGAACCGAAGAUGCGUACAACAACAUCAGGGUAUUGGAGCUCAGAUGACACGCUUGACCGAGAGGUGUGUCUGUACCAUCACCACCUCGGGGGUGGAAUUGGUUCCAUGCCUUCAGGGGUUAUGACUAUUGGACGCCACCCAGAUAAAUCCCAGUCACAAUACUUUAUGGAGUCCUACAACACCAUCAGCGCCCAGUCACUCAAGACCUCACGCAGCAACAACGAUGUCAAGUGCUCUACAUGCUCGGGUAGCAGCAGCGGAGGUCUGCCGCUGAUGAGUGCCCUCGAUGGACAAGUCCAGCUGAAGAAGAGCUCAUGGUCCUCUACGCUGACAGUGAGCAGAGCGAGGGAGGUGUACCAAAAGGCCUCCGUCAAUCUAGAUAAAGCUCUCGUCAAAGCCGAGCCAGGACGCACUUGCCAUUUCUUACAGGUGCCUCAGGAUGACUGGAGCGGAUUCUCUCCAGUGGAGAAGGAUGAUGAGAUCCCUUGCCGGCGAAUGCGCAGUGGCAGCUACAUCAAGGCCAUGGCAGAGGAGGAUAGCGGCGACUCGGAUUGCAGCCCUAAGCCCUCGCCCAAGGUCCAGGCACGGCGAGCCAGCUACCUGAAGGCCACACAGCCUUCUCUUACUGAAAUGACCACGCUCAAGAUUUCCACGGAGCACUCGCCCAAGCUGCAGAUUCGAAGUCACAGUUACCUGCGGGCGGUGAGCGAGGUUUCCAUCAACCGGAGCCUGGACAGCUUGGACCCAGCAGGGCUGCUGGCCUCGCCUAAAUUCCGCUCCCGCAAUGAGAGCUACAUGAGAGCCAUGAGCACCAUCAGUCAGGUGAGCGAGGUGGAGGUGAACGGGCAAAUAGAGGCGGUGUGUGAAUCGGUGUUUAGCGAGAUGGAGUCGCAGGCGGUGGAUGCCCUGGACCUGCCCAUGCCCGGCUGCUUCCGGAUGCGGAGCCACAGCUACGUGCGUGCCAUAGAGAAGGGAUGCUCACAGGAGGAGGAAGAGGGCGUCGUCUUGCUACGUGAGAGAGGGGCAGACUCCCCCCCGCGCACUGCCACUACUGUCCGGACCAUUCAGAGCAGCACAGUGUCAUCAUGCAUCACUACAUACAAAAAGACGCCUCCACCUGUGCCACCAAGGACCACCCCGUCCAAACCAUUCAUCUCCAUAACGGCCCAGAGCAGCACCGAGUCGGCCCAAGACGCCUACAUGGAUGGAGGCUCCAGCCAGCGGGCCGGCAUCUGCUCCCAGCAGGGGCUCUCCAACUCCACGGAGAGCAUUGACAGCAUGAAAGCCCUGACGGCGGCCAUCGAGGCAGCCAACGCUCAGGUACACGGCCCCGCCAGCCAGCAUGUCACCAACAGCACCAUCACCAUCACCGCCACGGCAACCACUUCUGUCUCGGCCGACAGCAAGGCGCAGAGAGAAGCGCUCAGAAAGUGCCUCUCCAUCGGGAUUCAGGUGGACCCGGAGGAAGGAGGGCCAACAGACGAGCAAUCGAAAUUCCAGUCGAUAGGAAUUCAGGUGGAGGAUGACCGAUGUCACCGCAGGAUGACCCGGUCCAACAGUGUGACCACAGCUGUGCAGGCCGACCUCGAUGACCCGGCGGAUGUCCCUGAGCUCCCGCUGCGGCAGUAUGCCACCAUGCCGCGCCAGCAUUCCCGCGACGCUGCCACCUCCACCGUCAGCAUCCAGGGCUCUGGGAACCACUACCAUGCAUGUGCCGCAGAUGAGUAUGGUGAGGUGGGCUUUGACCCGUCCAUCCUGCCUCCCCCGGAUCCCUGGAUGGACAGCGUGCCUGAGCAGGCGGCAGCAGUGGAGGCCCUGGAGGCCGUGAGCAGAUCGGUGUGCCCCCGGGACGGGCGCUGGUUCCUCAAGCUACUGCAAGCUGAGACGGAGCGUAUGGAGGGCUGGUGCCGACAGAUGGAGCAGGAUGAGGUGGAGAAUGAGCUGCCUGAUGAGGUCCUAGGGAAGAUCCGCAGUGCAGUGGGGAGUGCCCAGCUGCUGAUGUCCCAGAAGUUUCAGCAGUUCCGGGAGCUGUGUGAAGAGAAUCUGAAUCGAAAUGCACACCCGCGGCCCGUCUCCCAGGAUCUGGCGGGUUUCUGGGACAUGCUCCAGCUGUCCAUCGAGAACAUUAGCCUGAAGUUUGACGAACUCCACCAGCUCAAAGCCAACAACUGGAAACCUCUGACCCCCCCAGAAAUUCAGGAGAGAAGGAUGCCCCCCCCUGUGCCAAAGAAGCCCCUGAAGGGCCACCCACCUCUGGCUAGGGACCGCUCGCUGGAGAGCUCCGAGCGCCAGCGCCUGGAGGCUCGCAAACGCUUGCUUGCUGCCAAACGUGCCGCGUCGGUGCGGCAGAGCUCGGCCACUGAGAGCGCAGACAGCAUUGAGAUCUAUAUUCCCGAGGCUCAGACCAGACUCUGAGACACACAGAAGCGUACGCCUACACGUCUAAUAUUCUACACUGUCUCAUAAACACUGUAGUAGCACUGAAUGGUAAGGCUAGGGUGCUAGCAUAAUAUAAUCACCUUUUCUGCCGACUUUCCAAAUCACUGUGGGCUCACUCGCCGUGGAGGGUGUCUGAACAAGAAUUGUACAUUUACAGUAUUUAUUGAAUUAUUUAUAUAUCUCACGCUUAUUUCCUUUUUCCCAGCUUUGAUGUAGCAAUCCUGUUCAUCACUCACAAAGAUUUGUCUAAAAACAAAAACACCUCUUCUGUUAAUAUAAAUGAGAAAGCGAUCAUGUCCUUGGCACUUUUACACAUUUUGUCACAUUACAAUCACAAAUUUCAGUGUUUUACUCUGAUUUUAUGCCAUAUUGCAGCUUUUACAAAGAAAGCCAUUCCCCACCAUGUUUCACAGUAAAGAUUGCGUGGUUACAGAGUUAACAUUCUACCAUACAUAAUGUGUUGCAUAUCCACAGUAUGAUGCUGACACCGUCAUGUUUCGGUGUGGGACAAGUGGGUUCACAAUUCUAUCGCAUAAUAUAAACUAAAAAAGAAAAAACAAAUCAUAAUUUUGCUUUUUUUCCCAAAAUGAAAAUCUGAAAUGUGCAACAUGUAUUUGAAUUAAUAUCAUUGUACUGUACAUCAAUCUCUGCCCAAUCUCAUGUAUUUUGGUUUUGAUCUGGGAAGUGCACACCAAAGACUUUUUUAAAACAAGACCGCUCUCUGGAAACUGUCUGUAUUUUAGGUGUUGUUUGGGGAAAAGUUCCACAUUUAGACAGCACUGCAUCACUGUUUAGAUGACACCGCCAAGAAGCCUUGAAUCUGCUGCAGUUGUCAUGGCAGGUCUCUAUAUGGCAUGGAAAUUUGUGUCCGCUUUGACCCGAUGUACCAGACAGUUUAAGACGGCUGGAACGCAACAAAAAUCUUUAGGUUUCACAUAAAAUCAUCUCCGUUUAAACAUAGUUGUUCACUUGACAGAUUCUCACACCUGAGCUUUGGAACUCUGCUGCUCCCCCAGAGGUAUACUAUAACGUUAUCUAACAAACCUCAAACAUAAGGCUUACAUAACAGUCAUAUUCAAACUGACAUUCAGUUAGACACAAGUGAAGUCUCAUUAAAAGUGGGCUCAUUUUUAAUUAAUGUUAUUUAGAGGUAUCAGAAUAAAGAGGGCUAACUACAAAAUCAGAUUUCUGCAUGUAGAAGUGUUUGUAAAGCUGUGUAUUCUUUUCCAUUCACAUCACCAUCACAUAAAACAUGAUUAUUUGCGGUUGCAAUGUGACGUUAAAAAAAGUUCAGAGCAUUUCAAUACUUUUGCAAGGCUGCAACUAGAUGUCUUUCUAAGCUUCAUUGGAGCAGUUUAAAAGGCCGGCUCUACAUGAGGCCAAGCGUUUGGGACUGCAGUCCUUCUUUUGAAGGAGCCACAGGCUUAAAGUCUGUGUGUUUGCGUGUCAAAGCGGGUUUGUGCUUUCAUUCAGAUCUCAAAAGUGCUUCCUAUUUUUCUAGAUCUUAAAGAGUCCUAAUUGUCAAGGUAGCAGCAUCAGCAGAGUCUGUCCUGUCUCAUUUUAACUCAGUAAGACGUCUGUAAAAAGGAACCACCAGUAUAACGUAACAUGACUCGCAUGUGGAAGUUCUUUUAUUCAUUUUUUUUUUUGUUUAUUCCUAAACAAGUGUUGUGUUCACACACCUCCUGUAUAUCAGACUAAGCUAAAAUACUGAUAUUUGGUACAAUAUAAUAUAGUUGUACUAUAUUUUUCUUAAAUGUCAUUUUCAGCCAAGAGGCGUCUUGGUAGAAUUGAGUCUAGAGAAGUAGAGAGGGACUAUUUCUCCUCACUGUGUGUGCAUCUCUGCCUCCAAAUGAAGCAACUACUGAAGGUCAGACAGAAGAAUCCUAUUUCUAAUAUUUUGUAUUCAUGUUUAAUUUAUUGAAAGGGGAGGGGUGGUUGUUUAUUGACAUUGUGAUUAUUAUUAUUAUAAAUAUUAAUAUGCACUAACUGUACGGCCCUUAUACUGUGUUUGGGUUUUGUUUAUUGGGUCUUCUGCAUGAAAGGCACCUUUUGGGUUUUUUUUCUUCUGUUUCUGUGAUCAGCCUUAAUUUCUACUACAAUAGUUGAGCACAACAGCAGUCUCAGGGGAAGGGGCAUGUUGAGUGAGUAAGUGUGUGUGUGUGUGUGUGUGUGUGUGUGUGUGUGUGUGUGUGUGUGUGUGUGUGUGUGUGUGUGUGUGUGUGUGUGUGUGCGUGAGUGACUGUGUGUCUUACUUCACAUGAGUGUUUUAGUAAAUCAGCAAAUUCAAAUUUCAUAGAAAAGUUAAUUUGCUAUAGACAAAAUGAAAAUUUAACAUAGAAUAAUUAAGCAAAGGGAAAUAUUUCCAGGGUUUUUUAGUAAAUUUGAUAAUUUUAUUACAGUUGUCAGUUGUAGUUUUCUGGCCAUCUGAUUUCAUACACAUUCAUUGGGAGAAAUUUUGACUUGGCAGUGUUGCAGUUACACAAGUAAGAAAAGUUUGUUUCUAUAGAAGCUGCCUGUAUCGCAGCAUAUUAAGGAAAAAUUUUGUGAAAGGAAAAGCUGUUACAUAGGCUAAAGUAGAUAAUGAUUCUUAUCAUGUGAAAAAAAUAUCCUGUGAAAUAUUUAAAUUCAAACUAAAAUAAUCAUAAUUGCCUAUAAAGUGUCUUCUUUAAAAUUAGGAAUUUAUUACUCUGUGUGUAAUGAAUGCCUGUAUAAAUUUAACAUUUUUAAUUUAAUUACUGCAUUAAGUACAGUUUCUAUGCUAAUCAAAUUUAUUGAACCUCUACUGUAUGUGACCCAAAGUUCCAUCUCUUGUUGUGUUUAAUCCUUCUCAUAAGGAUUAUCCCACAUAAACUGAAAAUAAUUUCUGCCAUAUUUUGAACAAUUUUGAUGUUGGGGACACUUGACCCAACAUUCUUCAACCGUAACAAGGUAUUUCAGUCAGCUGCUUGAAUGUGGAGACAAUCCUGAUCCAGCCUACUGUCGUUUUUAUUAGUUUAGCUAACCGAACAGCAGGAUGUCGUGUGCAAUUUAGUUGUCCAUUUGAUCUGAUAAUAUUUGUGCCAUUGAAUUUGCGGGAAAACAUUUGAUCCUGCUAUUUUACCUUACAAAACAGCUACCUUAUGUUUCCAUCGAGAAAAAAAGUCAUUUGUGACAGAAGUUAUGAUGUACUCUUACAAUAUGCAUUUCUUUUGCUGGAUGGAUGACAUUUUAGAGAAUACACAAUAAAUUUGGCCAAGGCCAUUUUAGUUGUUUUUUUUGUUUGUUUUUUCAUUAAUUUUUUUAUGUAUUUGUAUUUGCAUUAAAUUGUCUGGUAAAAGAUAGAACCUCUAUUUGUUUUUUUUAGUGUAACAUAUCAAUAUAAACCACCUCAUAUAGCAGGGAAUUAGAAACCAGAAUGUUGAAUUGUGGGCAACAAUCUUGACACUUCUGAAUCUUGUGAUGUACACCAGCAUCUCAAUCGAUUAAAAUAUCUUUGAAAGCUUAGCCUAUUUUAAUAAUUCAAUUUAAAAAGUGAAACUCAUAUGCACUCAUUACACAGUGAUAUAUUUCAAGCUUUUAUUUCUACUCAUUUUGAUGAUUAUCACUUAACACCAAUACAGUUUUAACUAAAAUUGUAUUAGCAUUAACUUUACAUGACACCAAAUAAAAAUCAUUUUCAAUAUCUAAUGCCAGGGCUACUGAAAGCAAUGUAAAUGUACAUUAGAGUAUAUACACUUAAUACUUGGUUGGGGCUUCUUUUGCAUGAAACUACUGCGUCAGUCUGCUGAGAUAUGGAGAUGAACUGCUGGUGUCUCUGUAGUUUCACAGAGUUCAGGUCAGGCAGGUUUCCUGGCCAGUCAAACACAGCAACACUUUUGUGAUUGGAUAUUUGAAUAGACUUUGCUUCACCAAUACCUUUAAGCCAGCAGUUACUUGUGAGCUCUUUCACAUCUCUUUACCCCUUUUACUGACUUUCAUUGCAAUUUCAAUGUAAGUUUCUCGAACAGCUGUGAGCUGUGGUAGCUUACUGCUGUCAGUGACAACUGUUGGAUGACUGUCAUGUCUGCAGUCUUCUCAAUGAUGGCAUUACCCAAAGGUUCAAGUACUUUGACUUUUUCCAGCAUAUUUCACAUCAUAAAGCAAAAACAAAUAUUUUUAUUCAGUUCAAGUUUCCAAGACUCAUGCUUUGAAAAAGUAACCAAAGGGUCUGUUGGAGUUGGGAUUUGAGAGUGAGACUGAGUAUAAUAAAAAGCCAAUGUCAUUGUUUUUUUCCAAGUUGCAUCCAGGUUUUGAGUUAAAAGGUACAUAUGGGCCAGCAGCAGAAUUUUCUGAGAAACUUGAUUCUCUGAAAUAAUGGGUAUUCAUUAGCUCAAAAACAUAAUCGUCAAAAUUAAGACAAAUAAAGGCUUUAAAUAUCUCUUAAAUUGUAAAAUUACAUGGGUUUCACAUUUUGACUUGAAUGACUGAAAUUAAACUUUUUGACGAUAUUAUAAUUUGAGGUGCACCUGUGGUUGGUCAGAUAAAUAUUUGUACAUAAAUGAAUGUUUCCCCUAUGUAAAUGUAAACUAAAACACAUGAAUAACACACUGAACAGAUAUACAUUUUGUAAUUAUGUUAUUACACUGUUGAUGUUAUGGCACAUGUAUAAGCUCUUAUCAGCAUUAAAGAAAAGAGUUAUUGCUGUUA